UCCAGAUUGUAUACAUCCCUGUAUAGUCAUCAGAUUAUUAGGGGAAAAAGGUUAGAAAAAGACGACAUGAUGGCACUGAACUUGGUCGCAGUUUCAGCUCAAUGGCGGCCUUGCUCGCGCUUGAAGACGCUCUGCUUGGCUUCUCCGCCUGCUACCGACAACCUCCGCCAACAACUUGAUAAUCUUCACAAGGAGGCGAACACCACAAGGGCCAAAGCCAAUAAUGCAAGGUUGAGACUCAUGCGCUUGUCUGAAGCUGUUGAAAAGCUUAGACGACAAGCAGCAGUUAGUGUCCAAACUGGAAAGGAAUAUGAUGCUAGGGAGUUGCUGUUUCAAAAAAAGAAGGUAACACAGGCCAUGGAGAAGCUGAAGAGUCGUAUUGAAUUGCUAGAUGAGCUAUCUGCAAAACUGAAUGAGGUAAUUUCCAUGAAGGAAUCUCUACUAAUUGAGAAUAUGGCUUUGGAUCAUGAUGCAAGUGAGACAGAGGCCACAAGCCCCGUUCGAAUUGUAUCACCAACAAAGGAAAACUCAGUUACUUCUGAUGAUGAUCAACACUUGGAUCUUACUAGCUUACAGUGUCAAGAAGAAGAAGAAGAAGAAGAAGAAGCAGAAGAAGAAGAAGAAGCACUGCCAAUUAUUCCCAAGAGUGAGUCAAACAAUGUAUACACCUAUGAUGACUUCAUGAAAGGCAUAGAUCAACAGCUCACCAAAAUUGAACAAGAACUCGAGACAUUUCUAAGGUACUCAAACUUGCUUUUGGAGCACAAGGAAAAGCUUGAGUAUUCAAAGGUGCACCAUGCAACAGAAAUUCUGGUGGGCAUUCGUCGGAUUAGAGAAAGGAUCACGACUAUCAGGCAAACAGGUGAGAUCCAAUGAAAUGCUUAGUUCACUAUACAGUGUCUCUUUCAGCAAAUGACGUGAUAGUGAGAGAUAUUCAUUUCACAUUAGUGAGCAAUCUAUUUUUCGUAAGGAGCCAAAGAAAAUUCCUUAUUCUUUGUGGACCUGGCCAAUGCCAAACCGCUCGCCAUAAAGCCUUCGGCUCCAAGCCCGAGGUCAAAUUACCUGCACCUGCUAGCAUGUCGUAUGCGGAUUUGGUAGUAAAUUUUCUUGUGGACGAAAGGCCCCAGUAAAGACGGUCACGCCCUAGCUCCACUCUUGGUGUCUGUGUGGCCGCAAUAUGGAAUAAAACAGUUGCCGGUACCAAGUACGCGAAAAGGUUCCAUCUCCAUGCGCCCAUGUCCGAGACAAAAAAUUUAACGUUUUUGUCAAUUAAAUCUGCAGGAACCACUCCUAUAGGAACCACUUCCUUUAACUUUAAGUUAUGUUCGGCUUAUUUUUCAUAAUAUUUUAAUAGUUUCAAGUCGUACUUGAAACUAUCAAUUUUAAUGGAUUAAAGAAAAUGACCAUACGUUGUCUUACAAAAUAAAAUUGAGUUAGUAUUGAUCACAUUAUGGAAGCAGGAAUCCUGUCAGAAUUAUAUCCAGAAUAUAAUUUUUU